AUGAUUGUCCUGGGCAACCAGAUCCACAUGUACGUGACGUCAGAAGAAUACGGUGCCUCCAUUUCCAAUUUGUCGAUGUACGAGUCGGUGUCCUCCGACAUCCUGCAGCGCUGGGUCUAUCCCAUCACCCCAGAAAUGAACUUCAUCAACGAGAAGCCGAGCUGCACUCACUCCCGGCACAAUAUCUACCGGGGGGCAGAAGUGAGCCUGGGCCACGAGAGUGUGCUGGAAGAGAAUGUUCUCAUUGGGCAAAGAACAUCCGUGGGCACGAAAUGCUGCAUCACCAACAGCGUCAUUGGGCCCAAUUGCAAAAUAGGCUACAACACAGAAGAGGUUGGCUUAGAAGGCAGGGGUUACCUUUGGAAAGCAGCCGACGAAAACGAAGCAGACCAGGAGGAACAAAGACACAGCCUUUGGGGCCUCACCGUCAAGUCUGAAGACGAAAGUGACUCUGACAGUGAGAUAAACUUUGGGUCCGUGCAGACGGACAGCUGGACAGAUUCCCCUCAGAUGGACGACAUCGAAGUUUUCCAGAAAGAGGUGCUGGGGACUUUGCAAAGAGGUGAAGAAGAGAAAAUCUCUUGCGACAAUCUGGUUCUGGAGAUCAACUCUCUCAAGUAAGACAUGGGUCACG